UGCGCCUACCCCCCAAUCUUUUCCAUCCGAUUGGCCGUUCAGCAGUUUUAACUAUUCCUCUCCGGCCUUCUCAUUGGUAUUUCCAGUCGAUCCACCUCCAACUUUAAACAAGAUUAUUGCACCCCUUCCCCCCCGCCUACCUCUCCUUUCUUUCUCAGUUAUCCAGCUGUUGGAGGGGGGGAGGGGACGGAGAAGACCGGUACCCACGCAGCCCCGGAGAGCUGGGGAAAAUAGGGUGGCGCGAAUACAGACGCAUCGGACUUGAGGCAGUAUGGAUGGACUGUAUUCCUGCAAUACCCUGAACUUGCCAAUCACAUUUUAGCCCAGCUGGGGCCAUGGCCACCUUUACACGGGAGGAGUUCUACCAGCAGCUCUUGAGCAGCUGUGUGUUGCCAACUGCUCAGCAGGGUUUUGAACAGGUUUGGACUCUGCUGCUCUUGUGCCUAGCUUGUCGUCUCCUAUGGAGGUUAGCUCUGCCAUCCUAUGCUAAGCACCUGAGCACCGUCGCUAGUGGCUUCUAUGCCCUCUACCACUUUUUCCAGCUGCAGAUGGUGUGGGUUGUGCUCCUCAGCCUCUUGUGCUACCUGGUUUUGUUCUUGUGUCGCCACUCAACCCAGCGUGGAGUUCUGCUCUCCAUCACCAUCCUCAUCUAUUUGCUCAUGGGAGAGAUGCAUAUGGUAGACACUGUGAGUUGGCAUAAGAUGAGAGGUGCCCAGAUGAUUGUGGCAAUGAAGGCUGUGUCAUUGGGCUUUGAUCUGGACAGGGGUGAGGUGCCAACCAUUCCAUCCCCAGUUGAAUUCAUGGGGUAUAUCUACUUCGUUGGAACGGUUAUAUUUGGACCCUGGUUCCGCUUUCGUACCUAUCUGCAGGCUGUAGAGAGCAGGAAAAUAAGUUUCUCCUGGUUUCAGAAGGUCUGUCUGAGCUUCUUCCUCUGCCUGGUGUGCCUCAUCAUGUCCACUUGCGUGGCUCCCUAUCUCUUCUCUUACUUCAUACCCCUCUACAGCUACAAGCUACUGAGAAAGAAGCGCAGAAGCAGAAGUACUUUGAUGAGGUGGCUCCGGGCUUACGAGAGUGCCAGCUCCUUCCAUUUCAGCAAUUUCUUUGUGGGCUUUCUGUCUGAGACUACAGCCACCUUGGCAGGAUCAGGUUUUACAGAGGAAAAGGAGAAUUUGAAAUGGGACCUGACAGUGUCUCAUCCUCUGAGGGUGGAGCUGCCACGUUCUAUGGUGGAGGUGGUAACCAGCUGGAACCUGCCCAUGUCACGAUGGCUAAACUCCUAUGUCUUUAAGAACUCCCUGAAAUUGGGGACCUUCUCAGCAAUCAUUGUAACCUAUGCAGCUAGUGCCCUCUUACAUGUGAGUAUACCUUUUAUAAACCCAUUCCCAGGUUCCAUCUCUGCAUCUUUUGUAGCAUGAACAAAUCUUUAAACUCAAC